AUGAAAUAUUAAUCAUUGAGUAACGAUAUUAGAAGGGUAAAAAGAAUAGAAUAAAUUAAGGAAGAUUAGUUGAAUAAGUUAAUCAGUAAUAUUGGAUAAGAAAUUUAAUAGAACAUAGAUGAUCCGUAUAAAUAUUUAAUCAAAAGAAAUUAUUCAAUUGAGGAUAGAACUUUAAUAAAAAGAGAUAACAUUUAAUAGCGCAGACCAAAAGGAAGUAUGUCCAUCGCUGAAAUUUGGACAAAAAAGAUGAAAAAGUAAUGUGACAAAAUAUUAGAAGAGAUGAAGAAGAAAUAAAAUAAAUAAAUGCUCGAUUUAUCAAAAUAAUAAUCAAUAGAUAAUAGAUAAAUUGAUGAAUCGAUCCAAUCUCCAUAAAAUGCAAGUGCGAUAAUUGAAUAAUUGGGACUAAAAGCCUUAAUGGGUAAAACUAAAUAAAAGGACAAAAAUAAGUAAAUAGUCUAGUCCCCGCAACAAAAAUUACAAUCCCAAUCCUAAAUCUUAACUCAAUCUCCUCAACCUAUUAGAGACAGAUUUGCUUCGAACUUUCAUUUUGAACCCACUUAAUACUCCCCAAUUUAGCAGUAUCAUCAUAAUAGCUAAAGUACAAGUUGUAGUACAAAAAAUUUAAUCAAUAGCAAUUUUAGGAAAUACAGCAUUAAGAAUGAAGUGAAAAGAGAAGUGAAUAAAUGUUUAUACGAAUGCGAUUCAUUAAUUCAAAAUUAUCAAGAUGUUGACACAAGGUUGAAAUAGCCAUCGAAAAGUCGUCUAGAUAUUUUUGUUGAAAAACAGCGAAGAGAAGCAUUAGAAGAAUUAAUAUUUAUUGAAAGAAAUAAACCUAAAAACAUAUAUUGA